UCCUCUUUACCCCUGUUUCCUUCUUCUACCCCAAAUUCCCCACUUUUCUACCUAUCUUCUUCUCUGCAACCAUGCAGAUCUUCGUGAAAACCUUAACGGGGAAGACGAUAACACUAGAGGUUGAGUCAUCAGAUACCAUCGACAAUGUCAAGGCCAAGAUCCAGGACAAGGAGGGCAUCCCUCCCGAUCAGCAGCGGCUGAUCUUCGCUGGGAAGCAGCUUGAGGACGGCCGCACUCUUGCGGACUAUAACAUCCAAAAGGAGUCCACUCUUCACCUGGUGCUUCGUCUCCGCGGCGGCGCAAAGAAGAGAAAGAAGAAGACUUAUACUAAGCCCAAGAAGAUCAAGCACAAGAAGAAAAAGGUGAAGCUCGCCGUUCUCCAGUUCUACAAGGUCGAGGACUCGGGGAAGGUGCAGAGGCUGAGGAAGGAGUGCCCGAAUGCUGAGUGUGGAGCUGGGACUUUCAUGGCCAACCAUUUUGAUAGGCACUACUGCGGCAAGUGUGGCUUGACUUAUGUUUACAACAAGGCUGGUGGCGAUUAGAUUUUUUAUAAUGCGUUUUUGGUUUGUUAUAAUGGAUUUGGUAAUUUAAAGUUUGGUACUUUUUGCGUAAUUUUCAAUAGAUGAGUAUUGGAUUUUAUCUUUUUGUUGGAUAAUGGAUAUUAAUAGAUGGAUUUUGUUGGUUUAGUUGCUUAAUAUAAUUAUCUGGGUCCAAGGAUUAAUUAGUUUA